ACUGCAGUUAAAAAGCGCAAGAGAGUCUGGUGAAGGAGGGUGGUCGUUCUGAACGGGACGCGACCCGACCGGACUGCCGUCAGCUGACUGUCUGCUCCAUCCGCCGACAUCUUGCCGCCGACCGGAGGAGAGUCCGCGUCUCACCGCUUCACCGUCAAAUGUCGUGAUGGAGUGAAGAAGCACCGACGGGUCUCUGAGAGACAACCCGGGAAACAGGCUUCUCUGCGGGGCGGAGAAAUGCCGUGGAUGCAUUUCGAGUGAACGUGAUCCACGCCCGGCAGCAGGUCCGCUCCCCGGUCACCAACAUCGCCCGCACAAGCUUCUUCCACGUCAAACGCUCCAACAUCUGGCUGGCUGCCGUCACCAAGCAGAACGUCAACGCCACCAUGGUGUUCGAGUUCCUCUACAAGAUGUGUGACGUCAUGGCCGCCUACUUCGGCAAGAUCAGCGAGGAGAACGUCAAGAACAACUUUGUUCUGAUCUACGAGCUGCUGGACGAGAUUCUGGACUUUGGGUACCCUCAGAACUCAGAGACCGGUGCUCUGAAGACCUUCAUCACUCAGCAGGGCAUCAAGAGUCAGAGUAAAGAGGAGCAGGCUCAGAUCACCAGUCAGGUGACGGGUCAGAUCGGCUGGAGGAGAGAGGGGAUCAAGUACAGACGCAACGAGUUGUUUCUGGACGUGUUGGAGAGCGUCAACCUGCUCAUGUCCCCACAAGGUCAGGUGCUCAGUGCUCACGUGUCGGGCCGUGUGGUCAUGAAGAGUUACCUGAGCGGGAUGCCCGAGUGUAAGUUUGGAAUGAACGACAAGAUCGUGAUCGACAAGCAGAACAAAGGAGGAAGUUCAGAGGAGGGGGGGAAGAGCGGGAAACAGUCGAUCGCCAUCGAUGACUGCACCUUCCAUCAGUGUGUUCGACUCAGCAAAUUCGACUCAGAGCGCAGCAUCAGCUUCAUCCCUCCAGACGGAGACUACGAGCUCAUGAGGUACAGGACCACUAAAGACAUCAUCCUCCCGUUCAGAGUCAUCCCUCUGGUCAGAGAAGUGGGGAGAACCAAACUGGAGGUCAAAGUGGUGAUCAAGUCCAACUUCAAGUCGUCUCUGCUCGCUCAGAAGAUCGAGGUCCGGAUCCCGACCCCUCUGAACACCAGCGGGGUCCAGCUCAUCUGCAUGAAGGGAAAAGCCAAAUACAAAGCCAGCGAGAACGCCAUCGUGUGGAAGAUAAAGCGCAUGGCGGGGAUGAAGGAGUCUCAGAUCAGCGCAGAGAUCGAGCUGCUGCCGACCAACGAUAAGAAGAAAUGGGCUCGACCUCCGAUCUCCAUGAACUUUGAGGUGCCGUUCGCUCCAUCCGGUCUGAAGGUUCGUUAUCUGAAGGUGUUUGAGCCGAAGUUGAACUAUAGCGAUCAUGAUGUCAUUAAAUGGGUUCGUUACAUUGGACGGAGCGGCAUCUAUGAGACCCGCUGCUGACCCCCGGCCUGUGACAUCACCUUAUGUGUGUGUGUGUGAUGUGUUGAACAUUCCUGCUGUUUGAAGACGUCUCUCUGAACAUUGUGAUAAACUCCUACAUUUCCCAUAAUGCACCUUGAUGGUGACUUCCCCCCUCCAGUUAAUGUAACCAGACUGUACAUAUUGGUGUUGUGGUCUUACGACAUCACAGUGACAUCAUCGGGCCAUGAUGACAUCAUACAGCACCUGGACAUCAGAUUACCCAGCAUGCAUCAGUGUGUGUGUUUGUGUGUAGUCAUUUGUCGGAUUGUGUGUCUUUUUAAUAAAACCUACAGACUGAU